CGGCAUACAAGCAGCACGCGUAUCCGACAAGUAAGCCGUUUCUGAUAUGUGCAUCCAUUUGCAGGCCAAAUACCUAUUUGCAUCCGCUGGCUGGCGGACUACAACCUACCCACAGAGUCCAUGCCGUUGCGGACGUUGAAAGUCCCCGUUACGAAACCAUCUACGUCUAAAAUUGCACAUCUUGUACAUCGUCUGAGAAGUGCUGAAGAGGUUAAUCCAUCCGGAUUUUCGGUACUGUAUCAAGAGCUAUUGCGAAUGACUAACGAAGUAAUUGGUGAUUCGUCAGACUUUCAACGUGCAAAGAAACAACCGCGUUGGCCGAAAAUUAUGGCGCCCACAGAUUUGUGCUUCACAUGCAGCAAGCCUGUUGUGAUUGACGCAGUUCGCUGUGCGCACAAUCGGUUACUUUACCAUCGAAAGUGUUUGCGUGUGCAAUCAGGAGCCCGUUGUACAAUUUGUGUCAAUGCUUCACAAACGGUAUCUGUGCCCAUGAUGGCAGUGCAAUGCUGUACUACCGGUAAGAAAGCAACUGUUUACCUCGAUAUUUAGCUGUUGGCCGUUCACCCUCAC